AUGGAGUCGUUAACUGUUCCAGUCACUGUUUACUAUGAUGGACAAAUUGUCUCCACUGAGCAUGGAGAUACAUUUGUUAGCAACGAGGUUAAAACCCUACUGACGCACAGUUUCAGUGGCUUAGGAAACAGGAAACAGGGAAUCAGUUCAGUGGCUCAGGGAAUCAGUUUGACCAAAAAAACAAUGUCUCGUAAAAGAGUUAAUUCGGGACCCAUUGAUGAUUCUUUAUUGACUAUGCAAUCAAUUCAUGUGUCUGAGCACGUAUGGAAUGGUGAGGCUGAUAGAGUUCUUCGUAUUAGAAGAGCUACCAAAAGUGGUCAUCGAGAUGGGUCAAUUCUCAAAGAAUUAAGACCAUAUCUUGCACGAUCAGGGAUGCUUGGAGUGGCUGAAAUCUCAUACUUUCCUAUUGACCACCAGUUAAUUUCAGCAUUAGUUGAGAGAUGGAGGCCAGAGACACACACUUUUCAUAUGACAUUUGGAGAGUGUACAAUUACAUUGGAAGAUGUUUCUGUUUUGUUAGGUCUAAAGGUACAUGGAGACCCAAUUACUGGUUGUUCGACAUAUAAUUGGGUCCCACUUGUUCAAGAUUUGUUUGGAAUAACACCACCAGCAAAUGCAAUUAAAGGUGGAAGGCUGAAGAUGAGCUGGGUUGAUGAACAUUUUUUUGAUAUUUCGAUGCAUGUGCAUAGCAUUGAACAAAUGGAAUGA